AUGAAUUUCGGAAGUAAGAAGAAUGAGCAAGCAGCCUCAGAAGCCUCAAAGACCACCGAUCUGUUCGUUCACAUCGGUGAUUCAGAGAUUCGUGGAACUCUACCUGUUGAGGGUCGUCUCAAUGCUCAACUCUAUAAAGAGGUUGAAGAGAAGAAAAAACUUCUGGAGGAGCUGAGAAAAAGAAACAUAAGCUUAUCAGAUCAAAACAAAGAAAUUGCAGAAGAACUGGAACAACAAACAGAUCAACGUAAUUUUAUUAAGAGUUUAAAGCAGUCGAAAGAGCAACAAUUGGAACAAGAGAAACAUUUGAUCAGAAUCGCUGAAGUUGAACGAGCGCAGCUUAUGAAGGAGCUGUCGGAAAGCCAGCAAAAGCUCAAGUAUAAACAAGAACGUUGCAAAGGCCUAUCGAACAUCCUUCAAAAUCAAACCAAUCUGUUCGAUGGUCUGCACCAAAAAGAUGAACGAAAUCAACAGCUACACAAAAAUUUCAAUAAGCACAUCGCUGGAGCAGAGAAGUCGUGUGAUGAGCUAACGAAAGCACUUGAAAGUGAUCACAAAACAACAAUUGUAUAA